AUGCAUUUCACCACCCUGAUCGUCGCGGCCCUCGCCUCGACCUUUGCCGCAGCAGCACCUGCCACUCCCUCUAACACUAAACGCGCCUGCACACAGAUCUUCCCAGCAGGCGUCACGGCAAUCCACCUAGCCAAGAAUGCCGCCAUCAACAUCCAGCAGGACCUGGCCUUUUCCGUGCCAGCGGGCGCGGGCGGGCCAUGCAGCCUGGUAGCGACGUUCCCGGUGGGGUUUUCCAUCGCGAACUCGGGGCAGGCGCUGGUCGACGUGGUGGCCGUCGACGGGCCGGCGCCCGGUGCGCUCGUCGGGUCCAUCACCUUCGCCAGCGACCCCGUGAGCCCGACGUUCCGCACUAUCAACUCGUUCGCAUGCCGCCCGAAUAUGCUGUUCCGCCUGCGCAUCUCGGGCGCCCAGGGCGCGGUUGAUUUUGCGGAGGGCAAUGGCGCCGGCGUAGCGCUGACGUAUAGCUGCUGA